AUGGACGACCAGCCCGACUCUUGCCGAAAGCCUGACAGCUCGACUGUUGUCAGUCAUACAAAUUCGCGCGCAGAUUUCAAGAAAGCGCAACUCGCUGGCGGAUGGAUACCCGGCAUGGAUAUCAAAGUGGACUACUCGGAGGAGUUUGAAUUCGGUGGUUCACUUGGAACACUGGCACUCAUGAUUGGCUUCCCGUUGCUCAUGUGGUACAUGUGGAUCGGCGCUACCUACUAUGAUGGGAAGCUACCUCUGCCAAAAAGCGGAGAGACCUGGGCUGACUUUGGGAAACAUCUGUGCUACCUGGUUUACACUGGUGCAUUCCCGCACUUGAGGGCGUGGCGCAUCUACUGGACAUACUACAUAUUUGAGGCUGCAUGCUACCUCUUCAUGCCUGGAUUUAAGUGCCAUGGGAAGCCUCUUCGCCAUUUGAAAGGCAGAUCGCUGGAGUACUAUUGCUCGGCCUACACUAGUUUGUACUUCACAAUUUUCGUCAUGGCCAUUCUGCACUGUACCGGACUGUUCCCAAUUUACACCAUCUUGGAUGAGUUCGGUCCUCUCAUGUCGGUGGCGAUUCUUUCUGGGUUUCUCGCCAGCUUUUUCGCUUAUUUCUCUGCAUUUGCUCGCGGUGCAGAGCACCGCAUUACGGGAUACCCAAUCUAUGAUUUCUUCAUGGGAGCCGAACUGAACCCUCGUUUAUUCGGGAUCCUGGACUUUAAGAUGUUCUACGAAGUCCGUAUCCCAUGGUUCAUGCUCUUGGGUUUGAGCUGCGCGGCUGCCACUCGCCAAUAUGAACUCUACGGGUACGUCUCUGGUGAGGUCUUGUUCCUUCUCAUGGCGCAUUUCCUUUACGCCAACGCCUGCGCCAAGGCAGAACACCUCAUCACCACAACAUGGGACAUGUACCAGGAGAAGCUAGGAUUCUUGCUGAUUUUCUGGAACAUGGCCGGUGUCCCUAUGUCUUAUUGUCACUGCAUUCUGUACCUAGCUAGUCGCCACCCGUCGACAUAUGCGUGGGACAAAGAUGUGUUGACGCUAUUUUUUGUGUCCUACCUUUGCGUCUACUGGGUCUGGGACACUGCAAACAGCCAGAAGAAUGCCUUCCGCAUGGCAGAACAAGGAAAACCAGUGAAGCGCAAUACAUUCCCCCAGCUACCUUGGCGACAUGUUUACAACCCAAAGACACUUGUGACCGAGGAAGGCGAUACUAUCUUUGUUGAUGGAUGGUAUGGGUUGGCUCGCAAGAUCCAUUACAGCUGUGAUAUGUUUUUCGCUUUGUCAUGGGCAUUGAUUACUGGGUUCGACAGCCCCCUUCCCUGGUUCUACCCAAUCUUCUUCGCGGUCAUGAUUGGCCAUCGGGCCAUGAGGGAUAUCCAUAAAUGCAAAGUCAAGUAUGGGAAGACGUGGGAUGAGUACGAGAAGCAGGUUCCAAACCUUUUCAUUCCGUACGUGAUCUAA